CAAAUUGUUUCUGUCUGUGUCUAACUGGUCCAGUCCAAGACAAGGUGGACAUGCUGCCCCUUCCACUGGCGAAUGAGCGUCGGCCCUGUGUGCUGGUUGGUCGGGACAACAUGGCUCUGCCUGCCAGCCUCAUCAAUCAGAUCGGGUAUCGGUGCCACCCGUCGCUGUACACCGAGGGAGACCCGGGUGAGAAGGUGGAGCUGGUCGCAGGUUCAGGAGUGUUCAUGACGCGAGGUCAGCUGAUGAACUGUCACCUUUGUGCUGGAGUCAAACACAAGGUGCUGCUCAGGAGACUGCUGGCCACCUUCUUCGACAGGUGAAAACCACAGACUCACACUGACA